CACAUCUCGCGCUUUUCCCCUCUAUAGAAAUCCUUAUUUUCAAUGACUAAAAACUGUUUAGUGAAUAUGGCCGUUUUAUCUCUUACACAAGAGCCACGGAUAAUCUAGUAAAUUACAAAAAAAGAAAAGAAAACCAUUUUUCACUUAUUUCGUGAAAAAUCAAAAUCCAGUGUUCCUUUUCCCGCGGGCUUUUUACUUACAUCGAUUGAAGGUGGUCGAAAUUAAAAAAAAGUUCCCUUUUUUUCUACAACCAUCACAUAUCCCCCAUUUAUUAUUUCCAAAAAGAAAAAAUUUUUAAUACCAAAAGUUAAAAAAAAAAAAAAAAAAAACAAGUGUUAGCAAUGUUCGCAAAGAUUUUACGUCACAAGAGUUGAUCGAAUUUUUGCCAACCUGGAGGAGAAACGGAUGAGAUAAUAGCGGGAAAAUUGUUCGCGAAGGGAGAAAGUAUUAUUGAAGGAUCUAAAUAGUUUUUUUUUUCUUUUUUUUUUUGAUGAAAAUGAUCAUGUACACGGUUGCGGAUGACCACAUGGGAGAUAAUGAGAUCGCCCAGGUGAUCGCCUUUAUAUGUGGGGUAAUAGUGGUAUUAUUGAUGAUAAUGGGCCUUGCAUCGACUGAUUGGCUAAUGGCCUCGGGAUGGAGACAAGGACUUUUUGAACAUUGCAUCGAGGAGGGAGCACAAACACCUCUUCCAUUUAAUAUUCAAGAUGCUCCCGGUUGUUAUCAAGCUCGCGAUGUUGAAUACAUAAGAGCUGCCGCAGCAUUAUGCAUUGUUUGCAUACUCGCCGAUAUUGUUGCAACUGUUUUAACAGGAUUAGGUCUUCGUACACAGGACCAUCGCAGAAAACAUAAAUACUACAGAUUCGCUGUUUUUUGCAUGGGAAUUGCCUUUUUGUCGUUGCUGAUUGCAUUGGUCAUUUAUCCCGUUUGCUUUGCAGCGGAAUUAAAUUAUGGAAAUCGUCCAAUAUGGGAAUUUGGUUGGGCCUAUGGCGUUGGUUGGGGUGCGGCAAUUUUUCUAUUUGGCGGUGCACUAUUAUUGCUUUGCGACAAGGAAAGUGAGGAAAUUUAUUACAAAGAAAGGAAAAUUGUACGCGACGAUAUGACCGGUGGUGGUUCAAUGAUUGGUGUGGGUCGUCAUGGUGGAAGAAGUGGGAUGCAACUUGCCUAGUGGCAUUGCUCCCUACCCGAUGUUGUUCUCUAGGGAAUGAAAAAGAAGAUGAAAAAAAAAAAAAGAAAAUAAGAAGCAUUUCCUUUUCCAUCCACACGCAGUUUACUGUGCGCUUAAAAAAAAAAAAAAAAAAAUAGAAACCAAAAAGAAAAAAGGACAAAAACACGGUGAAAAGGACGGGAAAUAUGAUAAAAAUUCACGGUAUGCCUGUUAAUCGAGAAUGAAUGAUUUUUUAUACACAUCUCAUUGCAUUUUUUUUUCUUUUCUUCAAAUCAGAUAAAUCUUAGAAGAACUCUAACAUUUUAAUUUUUAUAAUUGCAAAUUUUCAAUUUCGAAAACCUAUUCUAAAAAUUUUUUUGAUAUUUUUUUUUUCGAUAAGAUGGAAAAGAAAUGUGACGUACUUCCAAGCACUUUUUUUUUUUUUUUUUAAACAGUAUUUAUAAAUCCUCGUAUUGUUUACGAUUUAGUUAAUUUUAAUUUGUAUAUAGAUAUUGUAAAAAGAGUUCUUAAUGACUUAUAAUUAAUUUAUUAUAUAUAUAUAUAGAAAAUAUAUAUAUGACUGACAAUUUUUACACAAAAUGUCUCGUAUUUGAGAUUUUGAUUUUUAUUUCUUUACAAAAAAAAAAAAACGCAAAAAAUAAAAAAAAAAAACACUGAUCUCCUGCGAAUUUUUUUCGUAUCGAAAGUGUUCACUGUAGUCGAGCCAAAGACUGUUCAGUUCAAUACGAAGUUUGCUACCUUUAUAUACAUCAAAAAAACGUUUUUUAGUAAAAAAAAAAUUUUUUACAAUAAAGUCGAAUUACAAUUCAUUUUUCGAAAAAAAAAAAAAAUUCAUCCAUUGAAUAAGUGAGCGUCUUUCGUAUAAAUAAAUAAAAAAAAGAACAGUAUCUGAAUUAAGUGGAGAGCACAGUGUUUGGAUGUGUGUGAGUAGAGGCAGCUCGGGUAGGAAAACGAUAUAAAAAAAAAAAAAACUACUACCCUAUACUAUUUGCAUUAUUUGCAUUUCGUGUACAUGUAAAUAGAUAAUCUAUAUAUUAUACGAAUAUGGUAAUAAUAAUGAUAAUAUUAAUAAUAAUAAUAUAAUAAUAAUAAUAAUAAUAGUAUAAUAAUAAUUAUAAUAAUAUAAUAAUUAUUAUUAUUAUAAUAGCAUAAUAAUAAUUAUAAUAUAAUAAUAAUUAUAUAUCGCGCAUAUAUAUAUAAUUUUAAGAAAAAUAUUCAAAAGAAUAAUUUUCAAAUUUUUCUCUCUCCCUAUUGAGAUUUUAAAACAGCGAAGAACAAAAAAAAAUAUUCGAAUACUAUAUAGUAAUUAAUUUUCAAUGCCAUUUCUAUUUUAUAUAUUGAACGGACCUUUAGGAAUUUUUUCACACACACACACACACACAGUUUCCAAUCUGUGUUCAAUCGGUAAAGUAAUUUAUCGACAAUAAAAAAUUAGUGUGUGAAAAAUUUCUAGUUUCUUUUUUCAUUCUAUAUUUCUAGUAGAUUACAAAAAAAAAAGAUUUCUCCCCCUCACGAAAUGGGGCAAAAAAUUAGAUAAUAAAACGCUAAUUUUUUUUUUUUCGUUACAGCAAAUGUUAUAUAUAUAUUCUCAUUGUAAAACACUAGUGUUGUAAUUUUAUAAGAAAAAAACUGCGCAUUUCUAAGAAAGGGCCAUAAUCGAAACACACGUAAUCCAGAAAAAAAAAAUAUUAUGACUGUCCAUAAUAAAAAAAAAAAAAAAAAUGUAGUUAAAAAACUUAGAAAAAACAAAAAAAAAACGAUGUAAUUGUUUCUAUUCUCGUUAUUUCUAAUCCAAUUCCUCUAAAAUAUACAUAUAUAGUAGAGGGAAUUUUAGUUUCGAAAAAAAAAAAAUUAUUUUAAUUAAAAAGAAGAGUGGGAAAAAAAAAUUUUUCGAGAAACAAAAUUAUUUUUUUUUUUUUUUUUGCGAUUAGAAAUAACGAGAAAUGAAAAGCGAAAUUUCUCGAAUAGUUUAUCGUUAGACAGAACACAUAUCACUGUUAUUACUCGAUAACGACGUCGCAACGGAGUUAUACUUGUAACAGACUCAUAUAUAUAAAUAUAAAUAAAUAAAAAAAAAUAAAUAUA